AUGGCCGAUGAUCUGAGAGGCUGUUAUACAUUACACGAAAUGUUCACAAUUGUGGGCAGUAGAAUGACUCAAAAGGACAUUAACAUUUUGAAAUAUCUCUACAACGGUAUUAUGCCUCAGAGAAUUAUAGGUCGGGUGAAGGACGGGGUGGAAUUUUUGCUUGGACUGGAAAAAAUGAACAGAGUAGAUGAAACGAACUUCAAAUACGUUGUUGAUUUGCUGAGGAUGAUUUCAAGACAUGAUUUAUUGCAGUAUGUCACUUUAAGGAAACGUAAACCAGUGUGUCCAGAUCCUGUCAAUGAAUAUCUAGAAGAAGCAUCCAGAUUAUCAAACAUACCAACUAACGUCCCAAGGGAAAGAAAGCGAAAAGGGGCGGAACCGUCGGACCAGAAAGACUUCAAAGUCAGAAGGCGGUCACUACACAGGAAAGCUAAGUCUAGGUCUGGGUUUGCUAGUGAACCCACGCCCAGCCCAGGGACUGCUUCCUCUACCUUUGGUCCUGGACCUCUUGUUCUAGAUGACAGUGAUGCAGACCUGACAACAACUACAACAAAAGUUACUUGUGAUAUUCGACUAAGAGUGAGGGCUGAAUACAGCGACCAUGUGACAGCACUCACAGGAAACGUGAACUCCAACAAACCCACUCAGCUAGAGAGACAGUUUGAGAAAUUCAUGCAAGCCACAAACAUUCUAAAGUCCAGGGAUCUGGGAUCCAUUGUGUGUGAUAUCAAAUUUACUGAACUGACAUAUCUGGAUGCUUUCUGGAGAGAUUAUCUGAAUGGAUCUUUAUUAGAAGCACUCAAGGGAGUUUUCAUUACAGAUUCUCUAAAGGAAGCAGUUGGUAAUGAGUCCAUUAAACUGUUAGUCAGUGUGGAUGAAGAUGAUUAUGAAGCUGGAAGGUUGCUGCUUUUAGAAAACAUGAAAAGGUCAAAUCAACAAUAAAAUGUAAACAUUGAUUAUAAAACAUGGAAACACUGGAAUAAUUGUGUUUUUUAGAUUGUUGCAUGAAUCAUGUUUUUUCCCAUCUAAAUGUAUUUUUUUCAUUUACAUGUAUGGAAGACACAGUUGUCAGUAGAAGAAAGCAUAAUGUUUUGAUGUACAGUAUAUGUAUAUGAAAUUCAAUGUAUAUUUUGCAAUAGGAGAAAAGGAUUUAAUUCAUUACUAUGCUCUAAAAUAAGAUUGUUUUUUUUUUCAUUAUGUAUUAUAAUAAUCAUUGUUUUUAUCAUGUUUUCUUAUUAUUUAUGAAAUAAUAUGAUGUUUUUGUAAUAUUUAUAAAUAAACAAGCUUUAAAUUCAAGCUUAUCAAUUUCGAUAAAACAAAUGAGUCGUGCAGUAGCUUAUAAAUACUUAUGUAGACAAAGUUAUGGUAUUCAGCAUAUACAUAUAUGCAAUGUAAGUUUACUAAACUAUAUUGAAAGGAAAGAGAAACGCUGAGUAAAUUGUU